UAUUCUCACCAGAGAGGCACAAGCGCUCUGUCCCUUCCAGCGGCAGGCAGGCGGAGGGAAGAGAAAGGGUCUGUUGUUUUUCUCUCCUUGUUUCUCUCUCCCUCACUGCUGAUCACCAAGCUGCUGACCAGGUCAGAAAGCCCCGAUGGAAAUCCUCCAGUGCUAGGCAGGCCCCUCCUCCUCCAGGGAGCUUGUCCUUGACUAAUUUUUCUUUGUCCCGAUGGGAAAAAAAGAGAGAGAGAAAGAAGAAAAAAGAAAAACCACAAACUUCCUUUGAAAACAAGCUUUCAGUCAGGGCCUGGAGCGCAAACCCUACACUCAGCGACUUAGGAAUCCGAAGACGCCCUGAGCCGCUCGGGUGCACCUGGACUGCGCCCCUGCCUCCCCGGUAGUGUCCCCGGUUGGGCGUGGGUGUGAGUCCGGAAGUGGCCACGACCCAGUCAGGACUGCUGCUUGUAAACCCAUAUAAACCUGUGAAAGCUCUGGCGUUGACAGCUGGAAGACAGCUGGGACUGUGGCGACGCCCCUCAUUGUACCCACCUCCCCCAUCGAAUUGCCAGAGCUGAACUCUCCUUCUCAGUCCUGGAACAGCACCCACUUCUUUAAGGGAAGCUGACUCCACCCAAUGUCUUCAAUCUCACUGGAAUCAUCCCUCCCAAGCCUGAAAGCCCUGUAUCCUCGUUGGUCGCAUCUGGUCGCAGCAAGUUAGAGGUGAAAGAGCUCAGGCUGGGGCCCUUCUGUUUACCUAAGCUCUACUACCCAGGAGUGACUGUACAUGAGACACUAUCUAGCCUUCCACACUAUGUUCCUUUUCUAAGACUUUUCUGUGUCAAUUUUGCUUUCCAGCCCAAUGAUCUCCUUCUUAUUGGAUUAGUCUCUCUUUGGCAUACCAAGCCUAGAUUAGGCAAGUCCUGGAGGACAAAGUCCUUUGAUGCGCAUCAGUUGACCCCUUUUGACCAUGGAACACCAUCAACCCGAGCAUCCAGCCUCUAAUAAGGCCAAGACUGCAGAAGCAGUCAUCCCUGAAAACCACGAGGUCCUGUCAGAACCCGAUGAGCACCCUCAGGACAAGGAUACCAGAGAUGCUGAUGGGGUGGCCAGAGAGCAGGAGCCAGAAGACCAAGCCUCACUGCUGGCCCAGGGCCAGGAUAACCUUGAGUCCCCUCCACCUGAUGCUGGCUCAAGCCAACUGGAGCCAGCCCAGGGGACGCAGACUGAGAUAGAGACAGUGGGGGCAUGCUCCAGACCCCAGGAGCUUCCCCAGUCCCCCAGGGUCCGACAGCCUGAGCUAGAUUUCUACUGUGUAAAGUGGAUCCCGUGGAAGGGAGAACGGACACCCAUCAUCACCCAGAGCACUAACGGCCCCUGCCCUCUCCUUGCCAUCAUGAACAUCCUCUUUCUUCAGUGGAAGGUAAAGCUGCCACCUCAGAAGGAAGUGAUCACGUCAGACGAGCUCAUGGCUCAUCUUGGAGACUGCCUCCUGUCCAUCAAGCCCCAGGAAAAGUCAGAGGGACUUCAGCUUAAUUUUCAGCAGAAUGUGGACGAUGCAAUGACAGUGCUGCCUAAACUGGCCACAGGUCUGGAUGUCAACGUGCGAUUCACAGGCGUCUCUGAUUUUGAGUAUACACCCGAGUGCAGUAUCUUUGACCUACUAGGCAUACCUUUGUACCACGGCUGGCUUGUUGAUCCACAGAGUCCUGAGGCUGUGAGUGCAGUUGGGAAACUGAGUUACAACCAGCUGGUAGAGAAGAUCAUCACCUGCAAGCACUCCAACGACACCAACCUCGUGACCGAAGGCCUGAUCGCAGAGCAGUUCCUGGAGACCACCGCGGCACAGCUGACCUACCAUGGUCUGUGUGAGCUAACGGCUGCUGCCAAGGAGGGUGAACUUAGCGUCUUUUUCCGAAACAACCACUUUAGCACUAUGACUAAGUACAAGAGUCACUUGUACCUACUGGUCACCGACCAGGGCUUUCUACAAGAGGAGCAAGUGGUGUGGGAGAGCCUGCACAAUGUGGAUGGAGACAGCUGCUUUUGUGACUCUGACUUUCACCUAAGUCAUUCCUUGGGCAAGGGACCUGGAGCAGAAGGUGGGAGUGGCUCCCCAGAAAAGCAGCGGCAGGUAGACCAGGACUAUCUGAUCGCCUUGUCCCUACAGCAGCAGCAGCAGCAGCAGCAGCCACGAGGCUCAUUGGGUCUUAGUGACUUGGAACUGGCCCAGCAACUUCAGCAAGAGGAGUACCAACAGCAACAAGCGGUCCAGCCUGUACCAGCACGGGCCCCAUCACCACAGGGGAGAGGAGCCACCUCUGGACGCCCAGCCGGGGAGCGUAGGCAGAGGCCGAAGCAAGAAUCUGACUGCAUCCUCCUGUAGCCUGCUCGGUGC